AUGUCGGUGAACGAUCAACCCCCCUCUGUGGACGUAACAAUCUCCCUACGCGCAAGCCAACCCGCUUCAGAACUUCAGAUUCUAGACCAGCGAUUGAAGCGCCUCUCAGACGACGUGCUGCCACCUCACCCUUACCUCCUGACCCUCCCAACGAAGGCGCCUUUUCGUCUGGGUUCCCGCUCCGCGAACAAUUGGGCAAUAGGACAUGAUCGACCGUUCAACCUAGAGGAACAAGAACUUCAAUACAUGACCUUUCUAACCCACAACGAUACAGACUCGUUGCUGAGGGCCGUUGGAGACUGGUCUGACGAGAAGGGGCGCAUGAUGGCCGACCGGUCUACAGCGCCGACCACCGCAGAAAUCCCGAAAGACACCAUCACCAAAAAGAAGAUCAGCUUGAACGAUUACAAGAACCAAAAGAUCAGUGGGCCCUCCCCAGCAACUCAUGAUCGAAAAAUUCGGGACGGAUAUCAUCCACCUAUACGCGAAAAAUUACAGCAAACACCUAAACCUGGCCUGGUCAAGAAGAGCGACAAGAUAGAGCCAGUCUAUCAUCUUCCCAAAUCACAACCGCAUACUUCUGCCGACAAGGGUCUGAAGAAGCGACCGUCAACGUCUGAUCUUGAAGCUGUCAAUCCAUCAGCCUCCAGAGGUCAGGAUAUGAAUUCAUUCAAAAAACGCCGACUCUCUCCGGAGAAGGAGGUCCGUAGGGAUCCUACUCCAAGCAAGUCCAAUUCACCUAGACUACCCGCGCUUCUUUCUCCGACCCUUCCCCCCACUGGACCUAAAUUACCACGACUGUUAUCCCCUACCCUUCCACCGGACAUCGAAAAAGAACUGGCCAGGCUUGGAGACCGUUCACCUAUUCGUCAUUCCCCCAAACGUGACAUCAUAAUACCAAAACAGAAGCGGGAUGAACCAGCCCAAACCCGAACACCAACCACCAUCACCAGCAGCGGUUCAAUUUCCAGCCUACAGAAUGGCCGCGCGGGCGUUAUAUCCAAGGAUACCAACCAUGAGAUGAUUGUCAGAUUGCGGUAUGGGAAGGGAAACAAGAAACGGAUCGAAGCCUUGCUCAAGUUCUCCGGUAAACGAAAAUCAAAUAGACCUAAUUCCCCGCCUGGUCAUGACACAGACCCGGGGGAGAUCACCCACGCUGAAAGGAACAGAGAACGAUCCGGAUUGGUUCAUGGAAAUGGUUCAUCUGAUAGAGCAAAGCCUAAACACAAGCAUAAUGACGAAGUUUCUAGUCGGGGAGCUGGUCGAUCAAAGGAUGCCAAGGGCACCAACGAAAAACUUCCCACUCCAGCUUCCCAUCCUUCUCGUGCUUCUCUACCGACGAACGACAAGGUGAAGCCUUCAUCAGUGCCACCGAUGAAGGAUCCUAAAGCCUCAAUACCACGACGAAACGACCUCGGUGAAGGUGAAGGAAGCACCCCUGUGAGCCCUACGGCUAAACGCCAUUCUACCGAUCCAGGUAUAAGGGGCUCACCAUCUCAGCCCGACGGCCGUUCUCGAAACACUGAUCGACGGGCAUGGCGUGAUGAGUUUCAACGGUUUACCAAUAUUGGCCGAGAACUAAAGCAUGCUGCGGUACGGUACAACGCCAAGCCAGACUCGUCAAGCGCCGAUGACAAAUUAGCGGCCGUGACAGCCAUAGAGGCUAUCAUGUGCUUCAUUCUUGCAUUUGUAGCUGAUGACCAAUGCAAGGUUCUCACACGGCAAGUCGGAGACUCCUCGACCUGGCAGUCAAUCCUGGCGUACUGGCGGGUAGUGAAGAAGAACAGUGUCUCAUAUCCAGCACUGCAUGGCCUUUGCCUACUUCUGGGUGCUGUAUCCUAUGGGGCCAUUCAUUCCCUAGAUCUUGAACGUCUCACCGUUAUCCCUCUACCGGGGGAACAUACACCGGUGCCAACUCCUGGGGGUGACGGGAAUACCGUCCUAUCUGACGAAAACAAGAAAAGUCGGAAGGAGUUUUUGGAGUUGAAGAAUCGACUCCCCGAGUGUUGGAAAGAAUCCCAGAAGCUGUGGCUAGAGGGCAUUCGCAGUCUAUCCGAAGAAAUUUUGAGCAGUGAUUUCCCCAACACCUGGUCAUUACGAUCUCAUAACCAUGGGGAACGAGGCAAAGCCACUCCGAUACCUGGCGAUUAUACUGGUGAUUAUUUUCUUCCAUUGGGAGGGACCACUCCGCCUAUCGAAGUAGUUCGAUUUGGCUGGUCUCUUCUUCGAGAGUGGUGUACACAAGAGAAGGUCGAGUGGAAUGGUCGCUUGGGUCUUUAA